UCCACUUUAAAACGGGGGCUCAUUUUAGUCCUGAUAGCAGACCUAGCGGACCACAACCAAGACCACAACCAAAGCACAAGUACGGAACAGAUUUUUUUCUUCCAACGAUGCUUUCCAGUUUUUCACCUGCCUGUGUCGUCCUAGUUUUAACGAUCGUUGUUGCUGUUGCUCAUGCUAAUUCCCUGGUGAGAAAAAGAAGAGAGUGGAUCCUCCCUCCAAAACCUCUAAAAGAAAACCAUGACUACACACAAAAAGAGUACAUCGCAAAAAUCCGCUCAGAUUAUGAAGAAAACAACAACAUCAACUAUGCUCUGGAAGGAAUUGGAGUAAACCAGGCACCAUUCAAUGUGUUUGUGGUGGACUCCAAAACUGGAUUUAUCCGAGUGACAAAAAUCCUGGACAGAGAAGAGAUAGACACCUACAAUCUCUCUGGGAUUGCUACUUUUAUGGAUGGGAGUCAAGCAGAGACCAAAAUCGACAUCCGGAUCAAAGUAGUGGACGAGAAUGACAAUGCUCCGAUUUUCAAUGUCAUUAAACCUGGGGAGGUGUAUGAGCACAGUCCAGCUGGCACGAAGGUGAUGACCGUGACAGCCACAGAUCGGGAUGAACCAGGAAGCCCAAACUCUCAGAUGGUCUACAGCCUCCUGCAGCAGGAGCCAUCAGAUGAUAUGUUCUACAUGACGCCAAGUGGGACAAUCUAUGUGAAGAGGGACAGCCUUGACAGAGAGACCACAGAUCUUUAUGUCCUGACAGUGAAAGCUACAGAUCUAAAUGGUGAUCCAAGAGGAAAUACCGGAACUGGUACAGUUACAAUCCAUAUCAAAGAUGUCAACGAUAAUCUACCCACUCUGUCGCAAGCUAAGUAUGAGUGCAAGGUUCUGGAGAACACAUAUAGAGUGGAGGUGAUGAGAUUCAAAGCAGAGGAUCUGGACUUGAUGAACACUCCGAAUUCGCUGGUAGAUUAUAUAAUAGCCAAAGGAAACCAGGCGGGGUACUUUAGCAUCAAGACUGACCCCAAGACCAACGAAGGAAUUCUAAUGCUUGACAAGGCUAUUGACUAUGAAGAUAUAAAGCACCUUGAUCUUGGUAUACUCAUAAAAAACAAAGCUCCGAUGUUUGACUCAGAGGGAUUCACAAAUAUCGAACUUGAUGGAGCAGGGAAUGGAGCCAGUGGAGCCAGUGGUGCCAGCAGUGCCAGUGAAUUGUCCGAGUUGGAGACAAAUAUCUAUGAAGUGAAAAUAAUUGUGGAAAAUGAGCCAGAGGGACCACAAUUUGACCCCAAAGUCAAAGCCAUCCCCAUUUCAGAGGGAGGCACCACCAUCAAUAUAAAGAAUACGAUUGGUUACUACCCGGCCAUAGACCAGGAUACAGGCAAACAAGCCGAGAAUGUCAGGUACGUCAAAGGAACAGACCCUGGGAACUGGCUCAUCAUUGAUCCAGUAACUGCUGACAUCAAACUGAACAAACUUCCUGACAGAGAGUCUCCCCUGCUGGUUAAUGGCACAUACUAUGCUGAAGUCUUGUGCAUUACUGAAGAUAUGCCAGCCAAAACUGUCACAGGGACCUUAGCCAUCCAGGUGGAGGACUUCAACGACCACUGUCCCACUCUGACCAGCCCCGUGCAGACCCUUUGCCUGUCCGAUGACGCAGUGCUGGUCACUGCUCAUGAUGAGGACGCUUUUCCAAAUGGACCGCCAUUCCACUUCACCAUCAUCCCAGAGCACACGCAGGGCAAGUGGCAGGUGCAGCAUCUGAAUGACACAGCCCGGAUACUGAGGAGCGAGGAAUCCCUUUGGCCCGGUGUGUAUGAGGUGGAGUUUAUUGUGACUGACCAGCAGGGGGAGUCCUGUCCCGAGCCACAGAGGGUCCUUGUCCAAGUGUGCACUUGUGGUGAUGGGGUGAAAUGUGGUAAACAAGGAGGGAACGGCCAGCCAGAGAAAGAAGUGGAGUUUGGUCCAGCUGGAAUCUGUAUGCUGUUCUUGGGACUGCUAUUGCUUCUGUUGAUCCCGCUUUUGGCUCUUUUUUGUUUCUGCGGAAGAACUUGGGGAAUGCCAGGAGCUUUCACAGAAAUGCCAUUCGAUACCAAAUCUCAUCUCAUCAACUACCACACGGAAGGCCAAGGAGAGAACACGGAUGUUCCAUUGAUAAACAUGCAAACAACACAAAUUGAUGGAAAUAUGCUAAAUAUGUCUAUGGGUGGGACCCAGAUAUCUAAUAUGGACCUCCAGCAGCGCACAGAGAUGUCCCGAGAGGUCAUCAAUGGAUACUACCAGGGCUAUGGAGCCAGUCAGAUGGAAGGCACCUGGAGGGGCUUGAGCCAGUUUGGUGGCAGUGCUUUUCAAUCUGAGUACAUGAGCAGGGAGAGAGAGACUGGUAUCUUUGACGGCAUGGCUUUGCCUUACCACUACCUGGGACAAUACUACAACCAGAAGAUGCAGAGCUCUGAGACCCAGACAGGCAAGGACAAUCUCCUGGUGUAUGACUAUGAGGGCCAGGGCUCCAGUGCUGGCUCCUUGGGCUCCUGCAGCUCUUUGGCCUUGGACAAAGAUCUACACUUCCUUGACGACCUGGACUUCAAGUUUAAGACUCUGGCCAAGGUCUGUGGAGGCAAGACCCAGGGUAAAGUGAGGGCCCCUGCUCCUCCCACCACUUUCAUCAGCACCUCCAUCAGAUCUCACACAGGAGUGUCCAGUGUGGUGGCCCCAGGGCCCCUACCAGUCCCCACAUCACUGCCCAUCCCCAAAGCAGAGGUCAUCAGCAGCAGCAGUGAAGUAGGAGAGAGCUCUGAGCACGCUCAGACCAUCACAAUCACAGAGGCCAGCAGGGAGGCCUCCGGGGGCCCAGCCCCCCAGGCAUCUCAGGCUCCACAGGCUGCUCAGGCUCCUCAAGGCCAAAUGCUGCUCCUCCAGCAGCAGCCUCAUCUCUACUACACCACAGCUCCGGUUCUACAGUCCAUGCACUACAUGAUCCAGCCUCCAGUCCAGAACACGGGGCUGCUUAGGGAGGCCUCAGGGCCCAACAUGCAGAGUGUGAUACUGGUGAAUAGCCCCCAGAAUGUCCCAGCCCAAGGCCUGGUGAUGCAGGGGCAGACUGUGAUGCAGGGCCCGUCUGUGGGGCAGACUGGCCCUGGGAUGGUGCUGGUGGAGAAAGCACAGGGGCCAGGGGCCUCUCUCUCCAGCUCUCCGACCAUGAUGUUGGUGGAGGGUAAGGGCCCGUCAGGCUCCAAUCAAGUGCUGAAGAACCUGGUGCAGCCUGGACUCUCUGGCUCUCAGGCCGUUCUGGUGGUGGGCUCUGGGUCAGCUCAGGGCCAGCAACCUGGAGCCAAGAGCAGCCUAUCAAGAGGGUUCUUUGGACCCCAAAGAACCCUCAACAAGAGUAGCUCCAGUAGCACUCAAAACAUCACAGGAAACAGUACGCCCUCCAGCUCCCAAAGGGUAGUGGUGCAGGAGACCAGAGAAGUCAUUAAAACAAACCUGUGAGGACUAAUGGAUGCGCAUAAAGACUCUGGACCUACACUGACAAAACCUUUUCUCUUCUGAAUGUCAGCAGUUUUAUGUUAACCUUUGCUAACGGGACUGAUGGAAUCAUGGGCCUUAACUAUCAAUGGACUUUACUGCUAGUUUUUGCACUUGCUUUGUACCUUUACUCUGACCAGGCAGAGAGUGUUAUUUUAUUAUAUAUAUUUUUAUUGUUGUUUCAUUCAUGAUCUGCAUGCAGUUUUUGUACAUGUAAAUAGUUUGUUUUUUAUUAAUAAAAAAAAUAUGUAUUGUAAGUAACUAUUCACAUGUGCUUUUUAACAUGCAACUGGUGCUUCCUAGACACUUGAUUGAGUCACAAAUCCUAAAAUCGCAAGUGUAUUCAGUCACCAUAAAUUACUGUCUUUAUCAACCCACUCAAUCCUCUGCAGCACAAUAGGAGUGUCCUGUCUGGUGCAGGGAGGGGCAGUUCAGAACUGGUUGGACCAGCUGCCACGUUUGAACAUGCCCGUGGGCGUUGUUGUCUUAAUCUUCCUGAGAACAUCACGCCCAAGCUGGGAUUGGCUUACUUUUAGAGACGUGUACCUGUAGCUUUACAUGUGUCA